ACCCCAUAACGGCAUCGGAAAAUAAGAAAAGUCCAUAACUGUAAAUCCACUUCUUCCAUUCACACACUCGCUGUCCUUCAACCCUGUUAGCAUUUAUAGUGAUUAACAUUAAACAAAUUGCUAAUGCAAUAGUAAUUUAGUGUCUGAAAUCUGAAUCACUGCUCUCUUUCUCUCUCUGCCUCCCAAUGUAGAGGGAGAGAAAUUAGAAAGUGAUUUGAAGGAGUUAAGCGAAAGCCAUCUUGUCAUUGUUGGGUUCUCGUGGCACUAAAAAAAUUGAUAAAAGAGCACAUUCCGUGGAGACAAAAGAAGUAAAAGAAGGGAUAUAAAAAGACGAGGGGGCGAAUUGUUGCUACUAUUUUAAACUCGAUGUCGGAGGAUCGGAUUACGUAAUCGACGAUCUCGGAGCUUGAUUCUUGGGUUUGCAUUGAAUUCGGCGAUCGUUCCUCAUUUCUACUUGCAGUUUUUUUAAUGUCAUUGUUAGCAGGGUUUUUCCCUUUUUCCUUUUUUAAAUUUUUGCUGCAUGCAUACUUGUUUGAGAACGUUUACGGAAAUGUGUGCUUAAAGCUCUGUUUGCUCGUAAGUCUCUAGGUUCAGCUCAGUUCGAGGUGGAUUUUUGGGUUUUAAGGGUGUUUGCUGGAUAUAAAUUCAUUCGCUUAGUUUUGUUAGAUCAGAUCUAUUUUAUCUAAUUUCAUUGUGGUGAAAUUAGAUUUCUGUAUUGCUGCAAGAGCUUGAACUUUUGUUCACUUUUGUUUUUGAGCUGAGUUUGUAGGCUUUGACCUAUGGGGAGUCUGUUGGCAUUAUAGAAGGUAGGAUUUGUCUUAUGGGCAUCUUAUAAAUAAUUAGUCUAUUUAAAUUUCAUCUUGAUUGAAAAAUUAGAUGUCUAUCAAAAGCCAAUUGGAUAUAACCUACCGAAUUACCUUUUCAUCUAUUGAAACUGUUUUCGUUUUCCUCUCUUUAAUGUUCAUAGUCUUUGCGCAGAACCUACAAUCUGACUUUGGGACUUCUCGAGUGGACCUUGAUGAUUUUGGUUGUCAACAAUUGAAAAUGAUGGUGAAGAAUGCAUCGGGUUUUGUGAAAAGGCCAGAGAAGUGAUAGUGAUCACUUCAGUAAAUGGAGAUGAAGUCUGACAUGCCUCUUGAUUAUGCUGUAUUCCAGUUGUCUCCAAAGCGUUCAAGACAUGAACUCUUUGUUUCAAGUAAUGGAAACACUGAGAAACUAGCAUCAGGCUUGGUGAAGUCAUUUACAACUCAUUUAAAAGUUGCUGAAGAGCAAAUUGCACUAGCAGUCCAGUCAAUCAGGCUAGAGAUUGAGAGACAUAAAAAUGCUGAGACGUCGUUCACAAAAGCAACGCUUGAAAGAUUUAUCCGGUUUGUUAGUAAACCAGAGGUUUUGGAAAUGGCCUUAACCUUUGAUGCAGAGAUGUCCCAGUUAGAAGCAGCACGGAGAAUAUAUUCUCAGGGGCCAGGAUAUCAGCGCUUGGGUGCAGAUGGUGAGGAUGGAACAGGAACUACUGCAGCAGCAGCAGCAGAUGCAACCAAGAAGGAACUUCUUAGGGAUGUUCGACUUUCCACAGUUAGGCAAGACUUGACCUCAGCAUGUGCUCGAGCUGGUUUUAAUCCUGAUUCUAUCUCUGAACUACAGCAGUUUGCAGAUAAAUUUGAUUUCGAACACAUUUGCCCUGGAAAUAACCAAAUACAAACGAUAGCACAUUUGAAUAUGUGUUUACUGGCUUAUUUGUUGAAGAAGAAACUGUUUACUGAACUACUGAUUGCAUACAGUUUGUCACUGUACCAAAGAAGGCCGGAUCUUACCGCCACUUGGGAGCCAGGUGGCGUUGACAGGGAGCUCCGAUCAUCUGUUGGUUCGGAUAUGUCCAUUGACGACCCCACCGAACCUCAAUCCGGGUCCUACAAAUGUCAUAGAGAGGCCCAACACCAUGAGCACUCCACGUGGCAGCAGCCAAAGCAAUUCGCCACUUUCGCUUCGCAGUGCAGUAACGUUUCCGAGAAAGACGAACAAGCCAACAAGGUUGAGGAGAAGAAGACAGACGAAGCGCCGAUUGAAUCAUCAUCGUUGUCUUCUUCGAUUCCGACGACUCAGCCGGCGCGUCGCCUCAGCGUGCAGGACCGAUUUAACCCCUUCGAGAACAAGCAGAAGGAGAAUUCUUCCUCCAGUGGCAGUGGCGGUAAACCCAUUGUCAGCAAAUCCCUGGAGUUCCGGCGGCUUUUGCCUGAUGCUUCUGUGGGCUCCACCGUUCUGGCAGCCGAGAAGUCCGUAUUGCAGAGAUGGAGUGGUGCCAGUGAGAUGAGCAUUGAUGUGACUGGUGAAAGGAAGGAUACAGAGAGCUCCUUGUGUACGCCAUCUUCCGGUUCCUCUGUUUCGCGGGCCAAGUCUAAUGCAGCGGCUUCUGUUGCGUCUGGAGGUAAGGAGCAUAAAAACAUUAGAGGGUGUUCAUCCAAUACUGACCUUGAGAGCGGCCCGCGUAAGUUUGUUGAUAUUGGGUUGAAAGAUCAUGCCGAUUCCCAUGCCCUUGCUGGCGUUCUUGUAUCCAAAGAGGAAGCUAGUUCCAAUGCGACUUUUGCGGGCAGAGCAGAGCGGGUUGUGAAAAUUGAUCAAAGGUCAUCUCAGGAAACAACUGAAGUUUCUGCUUUUGGUGAAGAGAGGACAGGUGGAUAUAAAGAUCGAGUGGAUUCUGAGGCAAAAUCGAAUGGCUUUCUGAUCCUGCUGAAGUUGUUGGUGCCAAGUACCUGGUUGCUUCUCAGAUACCUGCCGGUGAUGUCACCACCCCAGCGGAGGAUAUUACAUCUGAUGUCAGUUUCGGGUAGAAGGGAUGAUCGUGUGAUGAGGAAAUGUACCGUUACUCAAUCACAUUCGAGGGGUUCGUACAGUCAUGCUCGAUCUUGCUCUGGACAGUUUGAAGGUAGUUUUGGACUAAAAUUUAAGGAAGGUCCUUCUAGUCAGGUUGAGGUGGAUCAAGCUGGAGAAUACGAGGAAGUGAUGAUGAACUCUUCAUUCUCUAGCAAGCAGCAAGUUAAGGCUGAGGAUUCUGAUAUUGUAAAAAGGAGAAACCAAAAACCACAUUCUAGUGGUUAUGAACGCAUUAGUAAGUCUGGAAUUAAGAGGGAUGACACUCAAGUUACUUGCGAAAACAGCAAGUUCAAUCUUCCCAGUAAAGAACUUUUAGAGAGCCAAGGAAGUUUCCAUGUGGCCUCAAUUCGACCCACAGAGCAAUUUCAGAGACCAAGGCAGUCCAAAGGAAAUCGGGCUUUGAAUGAUGAGCUGAAAAUGAAAGCAGAUGAGCUUGAAAAGCUUUUUGCUGAGCACCAACAACGGGUUCCUGGAGACCAGUAUGGUUCUGCACGGAGAAUUGAGCCUACUGACACACGACAGUCUGUUAACGCGAAGGAUAGAGGACCUGGAGCAUUGGAAUCAACUCCUAAACUGCCUUUCAUAAAUGCUAUGCUUGAACCGUCUGGAAGUUGUAGUAAUGUUGUAAAUUUUGGUGGUAAAGCACCAGUGAACAUGGUCGAAAACCACGAUUAUGGUGAUGCUAUAAGGCUAAAUUUCUUAGAUCUUAAUUUUGGUGAUAAUUCCAGAGGAAAAUUUUAUGGAAGGUACAUGCAGAAGAGGGAUGCCAAACUGAGGGAAGAAUGGAGUUCUAAAAGAUUAGAGAAGGAAGCUAAAAUGAAGGCCAUGCAGGAUAAUCUCGAUCGGAGUAGAGCUGAGAUGAAGGCCAAGUUUAUUAGGUCUAUAGACAGAGAAGUUUCUGUAUCAGCUGCUCAACGGCGUACUGAGAAACUUAGAUCUUUCAAUUUGAGUAAAAAGAAGGAGCAGCAGCCAGUUCAACCCCUUCGGAAUGAAGAGGAUGAAGAUAUUUCUGAACUUUCUGAAGAAAAAAUUUAUGGACCGUAUAGACUUUUUAGUGAAUCACCUUUUGAGGAUUGUGCUUCGAGGCAAAACGGAAAAAUUUUGCCUUACAGAAAUGUUUGUACAUCCACAGCUCACUCAGCUACAGUAUCUAAAGUUUCCAAUUCUUCUGGAAGGCGAAGAGACAAUCAUCUUGCUCAGUCUGUUCCAAACUUCUCUGAUUUGAAAAAAGAAACCACGAGGCCUUCUUCUGGAGUCAAUAAAAUAGCAAACCGCUCUCAGGUGAGAAACUAUGCCCAUAGUAGGAGCACCAAUGAAGAGUGUCGUAUCAAGGAAGAGAAGAAAAAGCAGUUCUGUUCUUUACAGAAAAGUUCAGCUGGUCCUGCACAGUUGAAGGAUUUUUCCUCUUUUAACUCAGAUGGAAUUGUUCUGGAGCCCCUGAAAUUUGAUAGGGUGCAGACUGAUCUUGGCCCUUAUGAUCAUUCACCCAGGUCUUUCCUUAAAAAGGGUAAUAACACAUGCCCUGGUGUUGGAACUAAUGCUGUGAUGAUGAAAGCUUCAUUAGCAUUCAAGACCCAGAAUACUGGAGAACUUGAUGAGCCCGUGCUUGAGGGGGAAGAUUCAGUGGACAUGGCCAGAGAGGAAGAUGAUGAAACUGAAACCAUGGUUGUUGAAGAUUGUGCUCAUACAAGUAAUGGAAUGGUAAGACUGAACCUGGAAUCUGCGAAAUCUGGCAAUUCUGGAUCUGAGAUUGGCGAUUCUACAAGAUCACUUGCUCAAGUAGAUCCCAUUACAGCAGCUGAAAUGCCUACUGCUAUACCUUCUGCCUUCAACAAUAUAGGAUCACUGCAGGACUCACCAGUUGAAAGUCCUAUCUCAUGGAAUUCGCACUCACGUCAUUCUUUUGCUUACUCACAUGAACCUUCUGAUGUUGAUGUUUCUGUGGGUUCUCCAAUUGGAAGUCCUUCAUCGUGGAAUUCUAGCUCAAUUAUCUCAGGUGAGAAUGAUACUGCUCGGAUGAGGAGAAAAUGGGAAAGUGCUCAGGGACCUAUUCUUGUUGGUAAUUCAUCUUAUAUUCAAUCCCGAAAUGAUGUCACAAAUGGGUUCAAACGACUAUUAAAGUUUGGGAGGAAAACUGGGCCAGAGAGUUUGGUUGAUUGGGUCUCUGCCACAACUUCUGAAGGCGACGAUUACACAGAAGAUGUCCAAGAGCCUGCUAGCGGGUUAUCAGAAGACCUGAGAAAAUCAAGAACGGGAUUCUCUCACGGCCAUCCUUCAAAAGACAGUUUCAAUGAAAACGAGCUGUUCAGUGAAAAGGUCCAAUCCAUGCAAAGUUCUUACCCUCCUCCUCCUGCUCAUUUUAAACUGAGAGAUGAUUAUAUAUCAGGAAGUUCAUUAAAAGCUCCCCGAUCAUUUUUCUCUUUCUCAUCUUUUCGAAGCAAGGGAAGUGACACUAAGCCAAGAUGAAAAGUCACAGUGGGCCAGCCAGCCAAGUAAUUUGGAUUAUCUCCAGUGAUAGGGUGUAGAAGACGCUAUUGAAUAUGUGAUACGAAGAUUGGAGGUAUCUAUAUGAUGAGUUCAUGUAUAUUCUCUCGAAUUCACUAGUUUUUCCAUGAGAUUUAGUUAGUGGCUUAUAGUUAUGUUAUUCUGCAUGUUAUUUUCAAUGAAGAGUCGCCUAUUGGCGCAGUGUCAUUGAAAUUGUGGCAGUGCAAAGGCAUUCUUAAUUUCUCAUACCAUUUUUACAGUUUGCCAGUUCUGUCUUCUAUGCGAUGUACAUAAGUUGAAUUCUUGUUCGAAUGAUAGGAUCAACAUGAUCAGAGCUAAGAAGAGUAUGUAUUAGCUUGCAAAAAUUCGUUCCCUCAUUCUGUGUCACCCACAAAGAAAGAGUGUGCAGAACUAUUGGCCUCAUCCAAUCCUUUACGGCGCUUGUUGUGACUAUUCAUUGGUGAGGGAAGCCCCAUGCUCGAACAGUCUGUGCUCCCAUGCUUUUUUGGUGGAAUCCGUUUGGAUGAUACAAGUUAAUUAUAAUUAAACAUGUAAAUGUAUUGGAUAGAAAUUUCAUAUCUUUUUCCCUCAUUGGUGGAAUCUCCCUGAAUUUUAUAGAGAGAAUAAUAGUUAGGUUCCAGAAUUCAAAAUAUUGAAUUAAUAAUAGUUAAGUUUUCAACAA